AUGAAUACAGAAAGUCAAGCAAUUGAUCUAAACCGAAGAAUAUUAAAAUCCAGUUUAACAAGAUAAUUUACAAGAUCUCCAACUAGAUCAAGAAAAAGAAUUAUUUCAUUACCUCCAUUAGAAGCAGCAUAAAAUUAAUAUUAGAAAUUGAAACAACGUAAUAUUACUUAUCAUAAAGAGAGUCCAAGAGAAGUAUUUAUUUUUAUUAUCUGUGUUGUAAGGUUUAAUCUGUUUGACCAUUAGAGAAUUAAAUGGUUUAUGUUUGAACACUUGUAGAUAUACCAAAGCUAAAGAAGAGAAAAAAUAUUUUUUAAAUAACAAAUAUUUUGA